UAAUAUUAUAUUAAUUAUACCCCAAAUAAGUCUGCUGAUAAGAUAUUAUACUCAAAUUGAUGACAAAAUGAGAAAAUGUUUAUAAUUUUUAUGACACAAUUUGUACAUCUAAAAAGAGUCCCCCACAAUGCACUUUUCUGGCGUGGCAGAUACCAAUAUGGCGACCCCCAUGAACCGGUGGAUCUUUUUGGCAAACUUUUUUCUGCUGCUAGUUCAAGUUUUAGGGGGGAGAGACUUCUAUAAUAUUCUUGGUGUACCAAGAAAUGCAGACACUAAUCAGAUCAAAAGAGCAUACAGGCGCCUGGCUAAAGAAAUGCAUCCAGAUAAAAACAAAGGGGAUGCAGAAGCUAAUGAAAAAUUUCAAAAUUUAGGAGCAGCAUAUGAGGUUUUAUCUGAUCCUGAUAAAAGAAAAAUAUAUGACAGGCAUGGAGAGGAAGGAUUAAACAAGCAAGACAUGGGUGGUGAUCCAUUUUCUAGUUUCUUUGGCGACUUCAGCUUUUUUGGAGGUAACAUGAAGCAGCAUGAGUCAGAAACGCCGAGAGGUGGAGAUGUUGUUGUUAAUUUGGAUGUCACUUUAGAGGAAUUAUACACAGGAAAUUUUGUAGAGGUAAUAAGAUACAAACCAGUUGCCAAACCUGCCCAAGGAACAAGAAAAUGUAACUGUCGUCACGAAAUGAGGACAGUGCAGCUUGGUCCAGGGAGGUUCCAGAUGUCACAAGAACAAGUCUGUGAUGAUUGCCCUAACGUAAAAUUUGUCCCAGAAGAAAAAUUAUUAGAAAUUGAAAUUGAACCGGGCAUGAGGAAUGGACAAGAGUACCCCUUUGUGGCAGAAGGAGAACCACACAUAGAUGGGGAACCGGGGGAUUUGAGAUUUAAGAUAAACCAACUAAAACAUAAAAAAUUUGAGCGUCGCGGGGACGACCUCUAUACUAAUGUCACUAUAACACUAGUGGAUGCUCUCAAUGGCUUUGAAAUGGAGAUUAAACACUUGGAUGGUCAUAAGGUCAAAGUGACCAGAGAUAAAAUUACCUGGCCUGGUGCUAGGAUACGCAAGGCAGGAGAAGGAAUGCCCAACUAUGAAAACAACAACGUGAAAGGAACUUUGUUUAUAACGUUUGAUGUGGAAUUUCCAAAAGUGGUACUUACAGAUGAAGAUAAAGAAGCUAUCAAAAAUGCUCUCAAACAAGAAUCGAAGACAAAAGUAUACAAUGGCCUUCAAGGUUACUAACACUUUUAUAUAAUUUUUAUUUAUAGUUUUGGUGGUAUUUCUUUAUUGAUAUGGUAAUGUGUAUAUAUGGUGUACUGGUUAUCAUAGAAGAGACCCUUUUGAAAUUAAGAUAAGUAUUUAUUUUGAUCAUGUUAUGUUGUGAUGUGUAAAGUGAAAAAGACAAUGAAAUUAUUUUUAAUAAUGCUUUGUUCAGAACUGCACUUCUUUAGGAGAUAACAAGCCAUGAUCAUGGUGCCCACAUCUCACUUAAAGCCAAGUUGAUUGUUCAGGUUGAUUAUUCAGUUAAACACUUGGUAUGUUAGAGAGAAACAAAAUUAUUGCUGUGACAGUCAUAGUUUUGUAUAUCAUGUCAUGUAUUCAAUAAUCAGAAUGUUUUUUAGACCCUUCAGUACCAAGUAGAAUUCUCAAGUCAUUUGUUCAAUAGGUAUCAUCUUCAACAAUUGAUUUAAGGCAAAGAUCACUUUAGGAUAAAAUUCCAUCAAUCAGACAUUCAUUGAAUUUUCCUAUCAAGUCCAACAUUAAGUUCAUGUAAUAUUAGGAUAGUUUUUAAAACAUUUUCAGAUGUUAUUCUGUUAUUCAUUAUCAUUCUACUGUUUCACCGCUUUGAUAGAACAGUUUACAGUUUUUGUAUGGCAUUGGGGAUAUUUAUUAUUUGUAAGUCAGAGAAGACUUUAAGGAACUCUUGGUGUUGCCUAAAAUUUCCUUUUUGCUUUGCUUAGUUUUUGUGAUGAGAACUGCCAA